AUGAGGCAAAAACGUAUGAAAUCAUAUAAAAAGUUAAUGCAAAUUUAUAAAAUACAUUUUGGAUUUCGGGAGCCUUAUCAGAUAUUAAUUGACGCCGACUACUUACAGGAUUCUAUGAAAUAUAAAAUUGAUAUAAUAAAACAACUUGAGCGUGCACUUCAGGGAAAAAUAAAGCCAAUGAUUACUCAAUGCUGUAUUCAAAAAUUAUAUGAAACCAAACAACAAGAUAUCAUUUCACUUGCAAAGACUUAUGAAAGACGAAGAUGCAACCACAGAGAUAAUUACCUUUCACCUGAAGACUGUAUUUAUAGUAUUGUUAAUAUUAAUGGGAAAAAUAAACAUCGUUACGUCGUUGCAACUCAAUCUCUGGAUAUUAGAACCAAAUUACGAAGCAUUCCCGGAGUUCCACUUUCUUAUAUCAAUCGAUCUGUUUUAAUUCUUGAACCUUCUUCUUUUUCUACUCUUAAAGCUAGAGAAUUGCAAGAACAAGAAAAACUUGGUCUUAAAGAAGAAGAAAGUAAAAAAAUUCUUGGAUCUAAAAGAAAACAGGAGGAGAUAUCUCUGCCUAAAAAGAAACGAAGAAAGGGCCCACGAGAACCUAAUCCGCUAAGUGUUAAAAAAAAAAAAGUCAGAUUUGUUGACCACGAACCAAAAAUACAAAUUGCACCUAAAAUAAACAUUCUUUUUGACAAUGAUGUAGAAAAAAUUAAGAAAACAAGGCGAAAAUCAAGAGGAAAAUCUGGAAAAAAGCUUCAUAACUCAAUUCCUAAAAUAUCUAAUCUAGAAACUACUAAUAUACUCAAUACAUCAUCUCAUACUAAUUCAGAUUUGAUUUAA